AUGAGCGCCGCAACACAACCCCUCCUCGAGACCAUCGAACCCGACGAGCCGUCCGCCCCCAACGAGGCGCCGUCGGGGAACAUCAACGCGUCUUCCGCACCGCGCCAGCCAGUAGUCCUCACGCCCACCAGCCAUGCAGACGGCAUGGCCACAAACGCCAGCGACGCCGAGUCUGGCUUGGCUGGGAUAUUCCGCCAAUCAGCUCACCCCGUAGUCCUCUUCUUCCUCUACCUCUUCCGCAGCGCCGCCAUCGCGGUCUACAUCCUCUGCGGGUUCUUCACGGACAACUAUGUCUUAUCAACUGUGUUCGUAGUCCUCCUGCUCGCAAUGGAUUUCUGGAAUUGUCGGAACGUCGCGGGCCGCAGGCUCGUCGGCCUGCGCUACUGGAAUCAGGUUGACGAGGACGGCGAGAGCUACUGGGUGUUCGAGAGCCGAGAUCCCUCUCGGCCGGCUAACCCAAUCGAUGCGAGGAUGUUUUGGAUCGCACUCUACGCGUUCCCAGCCUUAUGGCUAGCCCUCUUCAUCGUUUCCCUCCUCAAGUUCAAUAUCUCGUUCAUACCCAUCGUGGUCCUCGCGCUCGUGUUCAACGUGACGAACGUCAUCGGCUUCACCUACGCCGAUCGAGACGCAAAGCAGCGGUGGGCGAAUGCUGCUGCGUCGGGGUGGGGAUUGGGCAUGGGCGGGAUUGGCGGGCAGAUUCUUGCUGGUGCCGUCAAAAACAGUGUAGGACGAGUGUUCGGCUGA